GGAGAUGGUGGAGUGCUUCAAUCAAGUGGCCCGAGACGCCGACUGCAGAGUGAUCGUGGUGUCCGGAGCCGGGAAGGUGUUCACCGCAGGGAUUGACCUGGUGGACAUGGCCGGUGACCUGCUCCGGCCGGAGGGGGACGAUGUGGCCAGAAUCGCCUGGAACCUGCGCCACAUGAUCACCAGUUACCAGGAGACCUUCACUGUCCUGGAGAAGUGCCCGAAGCCGGUCAUCGUCGCGGUCCACGGGGCGUGUGUCGGAGGAGGCGCGGGCGCCGCUGUGCACGCGGAACAUGCGUGCCACACGCCGCGCCCGUGA